UACUCAGCGUCACUCAGAAGCGGCCGCUGGAUGUCUUCUAUUUCUACGUGCGGUCGCUGAUGGCCGCGAACGCCUUCGAGUCCGCCAGGGACUCCCUCACCUCCUUCUUUGAGGGCAUCAGGACGAGGUUCACGGUGCUGAGGGAGGAGCUUGACUGUGGCGCGCCGUGGCCUCCCGCGUCAGCUGUGGCUACUGUGCGUGAGGGCGGCGUGCGGCGCGAGGUGUGGCAUCGGCUAGACGGCUCCUGCGCCACAAAGCUGCGCGCCUGCGCCACAGAACCUGAUCCUGUGGCCACACUGCUGAGUGGCGUGCCUGCUGACCAGCUGAUGAAGCAGUUCCUGACCUGCUACCUACACUGUCACGGGCUGCUGUUCUCGCGCGUGUCACUCGAGGAGUUCGAGGCGUGCAGCAGGCGCUGUCUGCUGCUCUUCGCUGCUCUGCUGCGCUGCCAGCCUCCCAAGCUCUCCUCCACUCACCUCCUGCAGAUACUUGCACUCAACAUAUUCGCCGUGCACAGCACCCAGCUACACGACACACGAUUGGGCCAGGGCUACCGUUCAGCAGCUCAGGAGUUGGCCCUCCUGCUCUCCCAAGAAAUGUUCGGACGUCUGGCUGAACGGGUCGCUGCAGUCAUGCCUCAUAGCAUCAACUCAAACCUAAACAUAACUUCUCAAGACACUUCCCUCGGUCCAGAUGUGUCCUGUUCUUCACCCAUAAUGCCAGAGUCCGUGAAGAGGACUAGUUUACCGGGGAACAGUCCCUCGGAACCAACAUCUCGUCGCAUCAGUUCAAGUUCGGAUCAGAGCUUCGGCCUUCGCUCCUCUCGUAAUCGCACGGCGUCUUCUUGCGAGCCCCGUGACACGCGAGUGCCCCAGAACCCACCAGCCCCGGCGAGUGAUCCUUUUGACGUGGCGGGCAUGACUUGGUUGUUGGAUGAAGCCGAAGAGCCGCCUGCGCUGCCUCAACAGAUGCCGCGUUUACUACUGCCCGCUGCAGCUCAUCUCGUGCCAGCACUCAAGGUGUGGUGCGACUGGUUACUCUACAACAGCCCUUUGUGGCAUCCCCCUCCAAGCAACGCCGACUACAGUUCUCAAUGGUUUGAUAGCUGGUCAUGUGUGGCGGAGUUAGCGACCGUCCUUCAUGGUUUGAGUGAAGCAGAUGUGGCCAUCUACACAGACGAAGUGACAGCCGGAGGGCAAACCGACAAGUUUGUCCCCAUUACGCUGGAAGAAGAUAAAUUCUUAAGAGGCUACGACCCGCUGCUUGCCUCACAGAAACUUCCUUGCAUGCUCACCGACGACCCUGCUGCACUUAGCCGUGCAGGCGACUGGGUGCGGCUGCAGCAGCUGCAGACGGUGCUGGGCAAGUUCAUGUGUGGCCUGGAGCCUCCUGUGCUCAGGCUGCAGAAAACUGCACAAGGAGACGUGUUCCUCCCUGCGGUCUCUUCCCCUUGUCCUUCCCCGGACAUUCGCGCUCCCUCAACCCUCGAUUCGCGCGUUCCUCCUGAGAACGACAUCGUGGAAGAGGACUCGAGCGACAGCGACGAUGAUGGAGAGGAGAACCUCGCUGCCGACGAAGGUGGCGCAGCGGGCGGCAUGAGCGCUACACUGCGCGCGCUGUGGCAGCGCAAACGCCAGCUCGACAAACGCCGGCGCCGCGCAGAGAGAGAAAAGCAGCGAUCAAUGCGUGGUGUUGGUGUGGAGUUGGAGGUGCGGCCUCGCUAUGUGAUGCCCGACACGAACUGCUUCAUCACACACCUACCGUACCUCACAGAGCUCGUCACCCCGCCAUCUCCCUACACUCUUCUCGUGCCUCUCGUUGUGGUGAGCGAGCUGGAGGGCUUGUCGCGCGGUGCGGACGACACGGCGGAGGCAGGCGAGGUUGUGGACGGAGCGUCGCGCGCGCAGUGGGCUCGGCAGGCGCGGGAGUUUGUGCGCUCCAAGCGCCACAACAUCCGAGCCGUCACCACGCAGGGCAACAUCCUCACGUCCUCUGAUUUCCAGGAGGCCAUAGUAGACGAAAUGACAAAUGACGACAAAAUUCUCUCAUCAUGUCAGCAUUUCUGCGUCGUAGACCAGUCUCGGACAGCGACCUCAGAUGCUGUAGUGCACGUGCGAUGCGAGGCCGUCCUGCUGACGGCAGAUCGCAACCUCUCGAUCAAAGCGUACGCCUCGAACGUGCCAGUGUGCACCGUGCCGCACUUCAAGCGCUGGGCCGAAGAGGCCUCCAAGAACAUCAAGACCCGCCCCAGUGCCAGCAACCGCUGGGGCGAUGGUGGAAGAGGACGUGGCGGCGGCGGUGGUGGAAGAGGACGUGGCGGCGGUGGUGGCUCUGGAGGAGGUUUCGGUGGCAGCGCUUCCAGAGGUAGAGGAGGAUAUGGUCAUGGCAACUUCUCAGAAGGUCGAGGAGGGAGCGGUCGUGGCUACUCGGGUGGAGAAAGACGUGGAAGUAGAGGAAGAGGCGGUGGUGGAAGCUACCGUGGAGGUAGAAGGGCUUGCGAUCGUGGCUCUAGUCUUAGCAGCGGAUAUGAAAAUGAUGGUAGUGAUUGUUGCGGCGGUGGUACUGAUAAUUGCUGUGGUGAGGGAGAAGCCAUUGGGGAUUGUGCUCUUCGUUGCAAUGGAUAUGCAAGUGUCAAUGGUAAUGUUCGAAGGUUCAGAAUAAUUGGAUCAAGUUGCGGUGACUCGCCCCCAGGAGAGGAACGAAACUUCAUACAUCUAAACAGGAAAAUUUAUCCUCAGGGUGGCGUUAGUACUACUAAAGAAAGGGAAGGAGUACGCGGACGCCGAGAACCUGAGGAUGUGAGCUGCUGUCAAAAUCUCUGUAACUCUGACGAGUCGAUCACGUCCUUGGCGACUGCAGUGAAGACGAGGCUGCCACCAGCUGUGUCGGUUCAAGCAACAAGCCCGUAUUUAAAAGCCAAUGUACAGAAAUUGUUUUCGGUUUUGUUCAAUGGCGUUAAAAUUACAGAAACAAUUCCAGAUAUUCCGCCGCGGAACGUGACUGCCAUACCUGAAAAAUACAACUUGUCACUAGGAUUUAAUCCCCGUCAUGGCUGGAGCGAGGAUAUCGAACUUUUUUGUAAUAGAUGGAUGUGGAGCGAGUCCAAAGCUUUAUCCAGAAUAUCUCGCUGCCCUGUACUGCACUAUGGUAAAAUACUAAAUUAUGUGGACUUGUUGAGCGUUUUAGGAGCGUUCUGUAUUUUGCAGGAGCUUGGAGUUGUUUAUUUGGUAAUGUCCAUGAAUUUAGUCUUAGAACUAACUGCCUUCACAAGACAAAUGUUUUCUCUUUAGUUUUUCAUUUUCAGGCCUCUAACCGAUUUAUUCGUUGAAUCAACAGAAAAAGAUAGCAUCAACGUUCAGGCCUACCGAGUGUUUAGUAUCAACGUUAUUGUUGGCAUAAACAUGUUAGUGGAUCCGACACGUGUUCAAAUUUUCAUUCUAGAUUGUGUGACUCUGUUUCAUUCUAGAUUGUGCACUCAUCAAUAGUAUCCAACAAUGACGAGUGGAUUGUAGUGAUACCAAUUCUGCUUAUUGUAAUUUGUUUGCUCCAAUGCUGCUAAAAUGCCUGUGCGAGUAUACGAGUAUCCUCGUAUUAGUACAAAGUACGAGACCGAGGACGAAAUCGACUCUAGUUAUUGAACCAGUCGAUGAUCAUUUGCAAGUGUAUAUUUGGUUUUCAUUUAGUCGGUAUUAUAUGCCUGAGAGCUGCGUCUUACUUAUUUUAGUUCGUAAAAACCGGAUUGUUUUUUGUGUUUAUUUCAUCCAUUUUCAUGUAAAUGCAGAAAAUUGCAUUGCGCUCUGAUGUUGUUCAUUCAAAAUAAUUACGACAGGAAAUUUAUGUGUUUUUUCUCAAUACCAGCCAAGCUGGUUGCCGCCUUACGACGCUGAUUGACUCGUACCAGACAAAAUUGUCAGCCCUACUCUCGAUGCUUGGCAUGCGACCAUGUACACUGCAACUUGUAUACGAUAUCCUGUAGCUCUUUACAGUGAACGAGUGCGACGAAACCGCCCUCUCUGUUCCUGAAGGUGUUCUCUAAGCAGCUUUUGUGCCUAUUUCCAACUUUGCUGAUUUUAUUGUACCUAUGAAAUGUUAAUUGUUGGCAAGAACAUAAUUUCAUAACUGAUAACUUCCUUGCCGCUAAAUUAAAUUAAAUUUUUGUUCAAAUUAACCGGUAAUGUAUAAUUGAAACAAGUCAAAACUUGACUUAAAAUCUUUCUCAUGUCGCUUAAAAUCAAGUAGGAAUUAAGUAAAGUUCACAUUACUCUCAUUAAGCAGAUGUUGAUGGCAUCCAUGCCAGGCAGUGGAGUUGGAGGCGAUGGUUGUUUGCUGACCUCACGUAAAUCAUGUCAGUUAUUUACGCAGCAAUGUCGAGGUCCGGCGUCGCGAGUUGCGCUAAAUUCUUGCAUUCCUAGUGCGUAAUUAUAGUACGGCGAUGCUUUUUUAUAGUACGGCGAUGUAUAGUACUACUUUUCGGUCUUGGCAAUACGUCAGUAUCAGUACAAUCGUCACUGGUGAAUUAAAUCGCGAAUUCAUAGUUAAAUGAACUACUCAACGGAUUUAUAUUUUGGUAUUACUAACAGUGAAUAAUUCUUACGACUGUUCCAGUAUGAUAGCCUAACGCGCUUAGAAAGUUCGUUGCUGUAUUCUUGUAUGAAAUCUUGAUCAAUACACGAGAA